AUUGCACAAAUCUGAGCACGUGUUACUCUCUUCUGUUCCCCUCCACAGCUCUCUUGUAACUCACAAAAUUGAGAUCAGCCGCAACUGCUGUGAUCAGAUUUAUGCUACUUUUACUUUUGUCACCGCACCGGCUGAAAACAUUUUACACUCUUGCAAAGUAGAAAAGUAUUGCUGAACACGCAUUUACUUUGCUCACAGUUGUUAAAAGCUGUUCAACUAAUACUUUUAUCCUUUUUUUUCUGUUUUUUUUGUUUGCUCCGAACUAUGGAUACUUACUUUUUAUUGCACUACUGGACCCACAAAAAUGCACUUGAUACCUGUUAAGCUUGUAUAAGAUUGAAACAAUCUUUUGUAAUGUGUGCCAAUUAGUUUUAGGUCUAUUAUGUCCAGCAUAAAAAUGUCUCGUAAGUUCUAUUUUAUUUCACCUUUUUUCUUGUUUCUUCAAAUUCCUGAUAAUUAUUAUCAACUAAAAGAUUUGAUUUUGUUUCCCGAUUAUAAUGGAUUAUUAUUACUUUUAAAAAUUAAACCCGUUUUUGAUGGGCUUAUAACCAAUUUCUCUUUCUUAUAGAAUAACCCAUUUAAAUCAAUUUUAAUCCUUUUUAUAAAAAAUAGGUUUCAGUUACGUUUAUCGAAGCUCCAAAAAACUGUUCUGAUAAAAAAUCGCACGACGAAAAAACAUCAUAACUGACAGAAUUUGAGCACGAAAUGCCUCGGAAGUCGACAUCAGUCUUAACCGAAGCUCACUCGGCCAACAAGAACUUCGGUUGUUUUGUCUGUGGCUUCAUAACCACCGAGCUCAGUCCAGUCAACUCCCAGCCCGACUCCAAAAACCGACCUUUUUUUCCUUUCAUCCUCAACCAGGAACCAGCCGAGUGUUCCCCCGAGAUCACCGACUCCGGAACCGCUCUCGUGUGCACCUUGUGUCACACUUUUCUGCACGAGCAAUGGGCGGUAUACGACGAAGGACUAGUACACAGACAGAAACGACUCUACUGGAUGAAAAGACCCGACAAUUGCCGCAAAUUCACUCCACGAGAGAAACACAUUAUGAAGAACCUAAUUGUAAUGGAUACCCAGGAUACUAUAGCCGAGAACGGCGUGAAACCAUUAGGCGAACUCGUGUUUUCGACGUUAAAGAAUACAGGAACACCGAAUAAACUUGUUGGGCCGAAAACCGAGAAGCUUUCACCGGACGCACUCACGAAUGGAGUUAUAAAACAAGUGACGGCUGCUUAUGCAGCAGCCGUUAAACCGAUCACGGCGAGUUCAAUAAUGACUUCUCCGGCCUUGAACUGUCUCGGAAAAUCGACCAACGAUGAAGAGAUCUCGUGUUUUCUCUGCAACGAUCGACUGCUUUUCUCGGAGCGCAAAAUCAUCCUGACAGAUCCGCCUCCGGAACGCACGCCGACGUCCCGGUACUACCCGUGCUUCCGCAACAUCAAACCUCCUCAUUCGACCAAAGUUCAUAUCAAAAACGGAGAUAUCUUCGCAUGUUCAGACUGCGACGAAAACUUGAAAAGUCAAUGGGUGAAGUUUGAAAAAGCCGAAAUCCCGACGGAUAUUAGAGUGUACUCGCUACGCUACUCCGACCACAGUUUCUGCUACUGUUGUGGUAGCAUAUUUGCAUCACACGGCAACGAUUUAUCUCUUACAUGUGAUAUUUGCUACGCCAGUUACUGUCAAAUUUGCCGACAGGGCAGUAAGUCGAAAGACAAAAUGUCAUCAGUGCGCUUGGAAGAAAAUGACGAAUUCAAAUCAUUAUCGAAAUUCUUCCCGCAAAGAGUCCGAAAAACGACAGCUUGUGAGAAAUGUAUGGCUUAUUUUUUGAUCCAGAAAAACUUUUACGACCAACAGAAAAUCAGCCUCAACAACCGGGCGUAUACUUUACCAACUAUGGGACUCAUGGGCAGUCAAAGUCAAAAACAAAUCAUUUGUUAUCUCUGUGGCGAAGGUUAUAAAUCAACAGGUAAAGUGUAUUACCUAUUUGGAGAAAAGCGACCAAACGAUGAAAAGACUCCUUACUUUCCCUUGCUGAAAAACUUGAACCCAGCUGAAGGCGCCCAAAUUAUUUCAAAGGAUGGAAUGAUUUUAAGUUGCCGAUUUUGUUACCAUAAUUUAGUCUCCCAGUGGAAUUGGUAUGAGUUAGCCAAAGACAAUCGACCGAAAACAAUGCGAAGUUAUUCCUUGAACAUCUGCUGCGUUGUAUGCACAAAAAGCGUCGCACGACCUAAAGUUCGCGUCAUCGGUAAAAGUCAGUUCCCUUUUUUGACCGAAAUCAGUUUCGAUCCUCGAUGCAUAGUUUUGGACAAUUUUGAUACAGCGGUAGUUUGCAACCCGUGUGAGAGAACCCUUAUUAUGCAAUGGCUAGAUUACGAGAAAAGAUCGAUAAGCCCGACUAAACGUGACUAUCAAGUAUCUGGAAAAGUUUUCAAGUGCGGCACGAAAACACCUGAAAUCAGUCAAUCAUCUAAGUUACUCAAACCGCAGCUUACGGACACUGAAAAUCAACCAAAGUUUCCAACUAAUGGGAUAUUUGCCAGCGGAAACAGUUCAAGCCCGAAAUUGACCAAUGAGGGUGCUGCUGCGAAUAUUUCGACCAAUCAAAGCUCAGCUCUGAACAACUUGUCAUUGGCCGGAACUAGUGAGAAAAUACUGCUUCAAGCAGCAGCCGCAAUGUACCCAUCAGUCGCCGGAAACUCAUUCAUUCUAAACGCAGCAACCAGUUUUUUGUCGAAUGCGUCAAAUUUAACCGCUUUGGGGCUAAAUUUAAACAUGAAUAGCCAUCAAGAAAGCAGAAGUUUGUUGUCAUCAGAACAGACGCCACUAAAUAAUGCCAUGCAAAUCAAAGUGGAACCGGAUUCUACUGUAUUGGACGCGUCCCUCCCUAAAAACUCACAACAAUACAGCUACUCAUCUGGUAUGUCUAUAAACAACAGUCAAUCCAAAAUUACCCCGACCAGUAUUAACGGGAAAACGAACGCUAGAAAAAGAUCCAGCGCUCAAGUUGAAAAUAGCGAGUCUCACUUUAGCAGAACAGAUGUGAAAGGCGAGAGAAAGGACUCAGUUUUGGACUUAUCUCCAGGGAGUUUGAAUUUAUGCACUACUUCCUGGGAGGAUUUGGUAAAAAGAACGAAAAUGAACGAUUCAGACGAAGUUCGCAAGUUGGAAAUCGAACACUGCAAACUGCAAUUGCUGCAUGAGAAUUAUCAGAAAAAAGUUGCCGAGUUGAACGAUGCUGAAAAACCAUUGCAAAGACAACUUCAACUUGUGUCAUCGUUGUACCGACAAAUAAGCGAAGAGAAAUAAUAAGAAAUAAUAACUAAAUUGGACUAGCAUAAUAAGAAAUGGACAGAGAUUACUCUAACAUAAAAUAGAUGCUUUGAACACAGAAAUCAUUUUUUUUCAACUUAACAU